CCCCCAUAUCCUUGCUGCGCUGUCUCCUGCUGACGUGUCUGCCUCUCUGCUCCCUCCCCCCCGCAGCCACAGGACACUGCCACCCUGCAGACAUGGCUGCGGCCAGGAUCCACAUUUCCCUCCUGGCUCUGCUCGUACAAAUCGCACACGGCAGCCAGCCUCUGGAGCGCAGGUUCUCCGACUUGAAGCGCUGCGCAGAUGAGGAGUGCAGCUUGCUGAUGUGCAGGGGGAAAGCCUUAGAAGAUUUCACAGGUCCUGAUUGCCGCUUUGCGAAGAUUAAAAAGGAUGAAACAAUAUAUGUCUACUUCAAAUUGGUAGGACGAUCGACGAGCCUUUGGGCGGGGACAGUUGGCAGUAGUUUUGGAUAUUUUCCAAAGGACCUUGUUGAUAUAAAACAAGUUUACACAACAGAUGAACUUGAAUUACCAACAGAUGAUACAGAUUUUAUAUGUUCUGAGGGAGGAACAGAUAAUUUUGACAAUUAUAAUGUUGACGAACUUUUAAAUAAACCAAAACAAAGCACAGAAGUCAAAGAGGGGACAAGUUUAGAAAAAGAAACACAACCAGGGGAUCCGCCUGAUGGAGAGUUAGGGGGCAAGGAAGAACCUCCCCCUAUUGAAAGCGCAAGCAAUGACCAUCAGAAAAGGAGAGAGGAAGAUGAUGAGAGACCCCAUCAAACAGAACUCUCUCCAAGUUUAGACAAAAUAGAAGAUAAUCAGAAGGAUAUUAAAGAUGAAGUCAUAAAUAGUCAAACAGAAGAUUCUCAGGGAGGCAAAGUUGCACAUGAUUCCACAGAAUCACUUUUAGGCAAAUCACAAGUGCCAGGUGAACAUGCCGAAUAUGGCAGUCUAUCUCAGGAAGGACCUGCUGGGUCUAAUAAAGACUUGAAUGCUUAUACAAUUAUUGAUAAAGACACUAUUCAUGAUUUGAAAACCCAUAUAGGUACAUCAGCUGAUGCUGUUGUGACUAAUGAUGAGGAUACAAGGCGUGUAACAAAAGAUUACACACUCACAGACGAAGACACAGAAGAGGAUAAAAAACUUGAUCAUGUAGAAGAAGGGAAAGAUGAACAGUUAAAUGAGCCACCUUGGUUAUCUUAUGAAAACUUAAAUGAGGAAGGAGCGAGUAUCGAUAAAGCGGUGUCAUUGGAAAAUGAAUCAACCCUUGACCAUCAAGAAGAUCCAUUCCCCAAAGAUGAGGUUAAGACAGAAGACAGUAUUGGACAAGCAACACCAGUAAAACAAGAAGAUACGUUAGUGACUUCUUGGGGUGACACCAUCUUUGCCAUUGUUACUGGUGGUGAAGUAACAAAAGAAGUCACAAGCUUUGAUGAAACAGACUCUGAAGAAGAAACAGAGGAAGAAGAUGUUGAUAAAAAUAUGUCAGAAGAACAACAAACGUUUUUGCUUGGCAUGGAGAAACCUCAAACUCUGCAUACAGAGCACUCCACUGAUCAGGAAAAUACAUUUUUGCACGUAGAGGAUUCUCAGAAACUAGAAAAACCCCAAACAGAUACUGAUACAUUACUGGAACCCCCAAAAAACUCUUCAGACAGUUUGAGCAAUGAGUCUUCUAAUCAUGCUACUGCUAAUGAUAAUCCUUCUGAUAAUCCAGAAUUGUUAGUAAACAGCCAAAGCACGGAAGAAGCAACUGGAGUGGAAAAAGAAUUAGGAACACUAGAUGAACAGCCAUCAAUAGAGAAAGAUAUAGAAAAGGCUGAACCUGCAACUGAUGUUGAACAUCAAUCUGCAGUGGAAAUAAAGCAGUCUAAUGUUUCAGAAGAGCUUGCAUCAACAGAGGAAAAAACAGCAGUAUUGGAUGAGUCCACAAAUGAAGGAGGAGGAGAAACAGAAAGUAGUUUGAAAAAUGUGGGUACACCAGAUGAUCUUCAAGAUGUUAAACUUAAAUCUGAAGGGCAAGAACCAGCAGAAUCUGAUAACUCCAAAAAAGAAAGUGGAGAAGUGGAAGACGGACAGAGGAAAGCUGGGACACCAGACCCAGAACAUCAGGAUGGGAAACUUCUACCUACAGAGAAAGAACCAACAGUAUUACAUGAUUUCCAAAAAGAAGGUGGAGAAACAGAAGAUGGAAAACUUACAUCUACAGAGAAGGAACUAGCAGUAUCGGAAGACUCCAAAAAAGAGGAAGGUGGAGAAACAGAAGAUAGUCUGAAGAAAGAUGAUACUUUAGACCUCAAUCUUCAAGAUGGAAAACUUACAUCUACAGAGAAGGAACUAGCAGAAUCUGAAGACUCCAGAAAAGAGGAAGGUGGAGAAACAGAAGAUGGUCUGAAGAAAGACGAUACAUUAGACCUCCAUCUUCAAGAUGGCAAACUUACAACAGCAGAGACCGAGCCAGCAUCAUCAGAAGACUCCAGUAAAGAAGAAAGUAGAGAAACAGAAGAUAGUCAGAGGAAAGUAGAUGCGCUAGACCCAGACCUUCAUGAUGACAAAAUUACAUCUACAGGGAAGGAACCAGAUGUAUUUGAUGAUUCCAAUAAAGGAGGAAAAGAAAUGGAAGAUAGUCUUAAGCAAGAGGGUACACUAGACCCAGCUUUUCCCAAUAGCAAACUUACAGCUACAGAGAAGGAACCCACAGUAUCGAAUGACUCUAAAGAAGGAGGUGAAGCAUUGGAUCAUCUGAGGGAAGAGCGUACAGUAGACGCAGAUCUUCAUGAUAGCAAACUUACAUCUAUAGAGAAAGAACCAGAAGUAUUGAAUAACUCCAAUAAAGCAGAAGGUGGAGAAACAGAAGAUAAUCAGAAAAAAGUAGAUGCACUAGCAAAUCAAGAGGGAACACUAGACCCAGAGAAAGAACCAACAGUAUUGGAUGACAUUAAAAAAGAAGAUAGAGAAAUUGAAGAUGGUGAGAGAAAAGUGGGUACACAAGAUCCUGACCUUGAAGAUGCCAAAACAUCUACCGAGCAAGAAGCAGCAGUACUUGAUGACUCAAAAAAUGAAGCUGGAGAAAUGGAAGUUGGUAGACUAGACCUAGAUCUUCAAGAUGGCAAAUCUUUAGAACUACCUAUGGCUGUUACUGAUCUAGAGCAUUCUAAAACAGAUGAAGGAGAGAACAAAGAUCCAGCAGAAAUUAAGAUUAAAUCAGAUUCUGCUGACACAGCUGUAGUUCAAGGUGAUAACCCCCUGAAAAAUACAGAGGAAUCAUUAGAAGAUACUGCAGACAACAGAGUAGUAGACCAGUCAUCAAGUAUGCCAGAGGUCCAACAUGGUCAAGAAACAGAUUUUAUAGGGCAAGGGCUAACAGAAGAAGUCAUAUCAUCAAGUGAACUGCCAGAGAUGCCUGAAGGAAUAAAAUCUGCUGACCAGGAGAAAAGUAGUACUGGAGAAGUUGUAGAUCCUGUAGAACAAGAAGGUGAUAAACCCCUAAGUCCACUUCCAGUGGAACAUUCUAUCAAAGAAUCUGAAAGCCUCCGCAAAGACACCAAAGACUCCAAGGACAACAUGCUGAACAGUCCAACAGUAGAUGCAGCAGAAUCUGAAGAAGCACUUUCCAGUGAAAUAGAUUCUGAAAAGAUUCAACUGAAUUUGGAAGAAAAUACAACUCAAAGUAAUAACUUCAAUGCUUCUGAGCCUGGCAUUACUAAUGAACAAGAUGAUUAUGAUGCAGACCCCAAUGAAGAAAAUCAGCUGGAAGAUGAAAAUGCUGCGAGUGCAGUAUUAUCUCAGCAAAAUAUGGGAAAAAAUAACGAAGAAACAAAAGAUCCUAUUAAUGAGAAAGUGGAGGAAAGUUCUGGGAGCCCUAAUAAUCUCCAGAACUCAGACAUGCUGAAUUCUGACAAAGCCUCGCUCAAUCCAAUCCAAGAUACAGAAACUAAGGAAGGUAAAGAAACAGAAUUAAAUAUGCAGAUGCCCUCAGUUCCGACUCAGGAGAGCGAAGACGGCACAGUUCAAGCAGCCAACCAGAUGGAUCCUUUACAGGAAAGCAACAAAACAGAAGACUCUUCAUUGCCAUCCAGUGAUGAGGAUGUGAAGGAAGAAGAUGAAACGGAUAAUGAGAUAACAUCUUACGCAGAUGACAUUAGAAACUUAGUGAUUAUAAAAUCAUAUUUAGAUGAUGAACAAAUAAAUGAAUGCAUAAAAUACCUUGGUCCUGAGAAUAUAGUAAGGGUAGAAGCCAUGUUUCAUGACAUGGAAUCUGAACUGAAGCUGGCAAGGAAAGGUCAAGUAAGACAAGACUACAUUGACAAAGCUUUGGAUGAAAUCUUGGAAUCAUCAGAAACGUCUAUUCUUGACUUUGUUGAGGCCGUCUUGGACGAGAGGGAAGCAAGUAAUGAAGAAAUUGAUGCCUCGGAAAACAAUAUGUUUGAUGGUGAAACAUAUUUGCUGGAAAAUAUCCAAGAAAUUGCAUAUAAGUUGAGACAGAAACAUUCAGCCUACAGCGAUAGCACUCACCUUGCCCCUGGGGUACAAGCGGAGGAACAAGACUCACCCUUGGAAGAAAAAGAGCCACCUAAUGAGAGAAACCAAGAGGAAGAAAAACUUGCAGAUUUUGGUCAACCUAAUGAGAAAAACCAAGAGGAGGAAAAACUUGAUGAUUCUGGCCAACCUAAUGAGAAAAACCAAGAGGAGGAAAAGCUUGAUGAUUCUGGCCGACCUAAUGAGAGAAACCAAGAGGAGGAAAAGCUUGAUGAUUCUGGCCGACCUAAUGAGAAAAACCAAGAGGAAGAAAAGCUUGAUGAUUCUGGCCGACCUAAUGAGAGAAACCAAGAGGAGGAAAAGCUUGAUGAUUCUGGCCGACCUAAUGAGAAAAACCAAGAGGAGGAAAAGCUUGAUGAUUCUGGCCGACCUAAUGAGAAAAACCAAGAGGAGGAAAAGCUUGAUGAUUCUGGCCGACCUAAUGAGAGAAACCAAGAGGAGGAAAAGCUUGAUGAUUCUGGCCGACCUAAGGAGGAAGAAAAGCUUAAUGAUUCUGGCCAACAGAAUGAGAAAAACCAAAAGGAGGAAAAACUUUAUGAUUCUGGCCAACCUAGGGAGGAGGAAAAGCUUGAUGAUUCUGGCCAACCUAAUGAGAAAAACCAAGAUGAGGAAAAACUUGAUGAUUCUGGCCGACCUACCGAGAGAAACCAAGAGGAGGAAAAGCUUGAUGAUUCUGGCCGACCUAAGGAGGAGGAAAAACUUGAUGAUUCUGGCCAGCCGAAUGAGAAAAACCAAGAGGAGGAAAAACUUGAUGAUUCUGGCCAACCUAGGGAGGAGGAAAAGCUUGAUGAUUCUGGCCAACCUAAUGAGAAAAACCAAGAGGAGGAAAAGCUUGAUGAUUCUGGCCGACCUACCGAGAGAAACCAAGAGGAGGAAAAGCUUGAUGAUUCUGGCCGACCUACAGAGAGAAACCAAGAGGAGGAAAAGCUUGAUGAUUCUGGCCAACCUACCGAGAGAAACCAAGAGGAGGAAAAGCUUGAUGAUUCUGGCCAACCUAGGGAGGAGGAAAAGCUUGAUGAUUCUGGCCGACCUACCGAGAGAAACCAAGAGGAUGAAAAGCUUGAUGAUUCUGGCCGACCUAAUGAGAAAAACCAAGAGGAGGAAAAGCUUGAUGAUUCUGGCCAACCUAAUGAGAGAAACCAAGAGGAGGGAAAUCUUGAUGAUUCUGGCCGACAGGAAGUUGUUUCUGAGCAGCACAUAGAGAAUAAAGAAGAGGUUCUUGAGAUGGAAUCACAUACUGAUAAAAACCUGGAACCCCCAUUCCUUUCAGAUCAUAAUGUAGAAACCUCUGAGACCUCCCCACCACUUGCACAUCCCACAGAUUCUGCACCGGAGGAAACUAUCCCAAAUGAAAAGGAACCUGAGCAAGAAGUGACCGCUGAAGUGGAAGUCGAAAGUACUUAUUUUAUUACAGAGAAGGUCACGGUCCCAGAAGCCAUCCAAAUGCUAACCAGUUUGCUCAACGCCACCAAGGAAUCACUUGCCCCCCUCACUGAAUCACUUAUUUCAGCACUGCCUGAAGAUAUCCGACCCGGUCCUGAUUUCCACGGUGUGCAAUGGGAAGCUGUGAUCGUAACAGCCGUAGUUGGACUCAUAACCAUUUUAAUUUUGUUCUGGCGAACCUGCCUAUCGGUCAAAAGCAGAGUUUAUCAAGUCAAUGAAAAGCAGCUGGCAGAGAAGAUAGCAAACCUGGUGAAGGAAAAAAGUGAGGCCUUAGAAAAAAUAUCUGAAUGUGAAAAGAAGAUAAAGGAAGCGAAAGAGUCCGAGUCCACUACACUGAAGAAGAGCACCGACCUUCUGGCUGAAGCUGCAGCUCUCAAGGCCACCAUUAAGGAGCUAAAGGAUUCCAACAAGGCUUUAGAUUCAAAAAUGAGGAACAUAAUGAAUGACCUUGUCUCUCAGAAAGAGCAGAGCAAGAAGAAACAGGAAAUGAUCAACGAGGGGCAGAAAUCUAUAGAAAAACUUCAAGAUAAGUUUUUGGAGCACACAGUUGAACUGUCGGAGCUUCAAGCUGCUCUGAAUGAAGUAAAACUGAAAGAGGCAAAAGUGCGAAAUGAACUGCGUGGUGUGAAGGAUGAGAACUCCCGACUCAAAGAGACAAAGGAGCAGCUGCUAAAAGAAGCUGAAGGGUGGAGUGAAAGGCAGCGAGAGCUUGAUGAGCAGAUACAGCUGCAGCAGAAGUCUCACAAAGAUCUGGAGGAAACCCUGGCCUACAAAGAAAAUGAGAUUGAGGUUUUAACCAACUGCAUCAUGCAACUAAAACAGCUUGAGGCGGACUCAACACUGGUAGAAGAUGGUAACUGGCAGCAGGCAGGGGAUGGGGAAUUGGCAAAUGGAGAGGUUCCAGAGAAGCAGAAGGAGAAAAUGAAAGUGCAGAUUAAGCAAAUGAUGGAUGUCUCAAGGGUUAAAACCACCUUAUCAAUAAUUGAGGAAGAAAAAGACCUCUACCAAAGAAAACUGGCGGAUGAGGUUUCUGCACGACAUGACCUUGAAGAACAAAUUCAGCAACUUCAGCACGACGGCAGCUCCUUGCAGUCAGACAAGACGCGCCUGGACAACGAAUGCAAAACUCUGCGCCAGAAAGUUGAAAUCCUUACAGAACUGUACCAGCAGAAGGAGAUGGCCCUGCAAAAGAAACUUACACAGGAGGAGUUUGAGCGGCAAGACAAGGAGCAGAAGCUGACGAUGGCUGACGAAAAGGCUGUCUCGGCUGUAGCAGAAGUCAAAAUCUACAAGCAGCGAAUUCAAGAAAUGGAAGAAGAGCUACAGAAAACGGAAAGGUCCUUCAAAAACCAGAUUGCAAGCCAUGAAAAGAAAGCUCACGAAAACUGGCUCUCUGCUCGGUCAGCUGAGAGAACCUUGGCAGAAGAGAAACGAGAGUGUGCAAACCUCCGGCAGAAAUUAAUUGAAGUCAACCAAAGAGUUGCAGAGCUCCAGAGACCUGCCAUUGUGAAGCCGACGCCAGGAAGGCCAGAGCAUCAGCAAUCACUAAAGAGAGGUAAUCUGAGCAGAGAUGGCUCAUUUGGACCUUCCCCUGUAAGUGGGGGAAAUCCUUCACCUCCUUUAAUGAUGGAUGUAUCCGGAAGGUCAUCAUCUGCCAACCUUAAUAGAUCUGAGGGUCCUAAGGGUGACUUUGGUGCAAUGGACAUUCCACCCGGACCAAGGUGUUCCCAAGCUGAUAUGUCUGGAAGAAUCUCCGCACCAGUGGAACUUGGCCAUUUGGCUUCUAUGGGCCCAAGAACAUCCUCUCCUUCGAUGACAGUGGAUGGCAUGCCAAAUCCACCUCAUGAGCCCGAGGCCCCAAGUGUGGCUCCUAGCUUUCCCCCACCUGACGAAGCGGAGGCAGUUCUCCCAGGAGCUAAAGGUCCUCCGUCAUUUCCUGGGACGCCAGUCAUGAAUUCGCCAGCGUCCGCAGCUUUGAUGUCACAGCCCCCGGUGCCACGGAUGAUUGGGCCUCUUCCUCCCAGAGGGCCCUUAGGACCUCGACCUUCACAAUUGCAUGGCCCGCCUCCUGGAAUGAGACCUUUGUUACCACCUGGUCCAAUGCCUUCAGAUCCCAGAGGUUUUAUCCGUGGACCCCUUGGCCCUAGGGAUUAUCCCCCUGGUCCUGUGCCACCUCCUGGGCCUAGGGAUUACGCCAUGCUACCUCCUGGAGUAAGGGACUUCCCACCCGGAGCUCCUAUUCCUGGUCCUCGGGAUUUCCCUCCAGGUCCCCCUCUAGCAAGAGACUUCCCACCAGGACCACCGCCUCCAGGGGUGAGAGAAUUCCCACCAGGACCACCGCCGCCGGGGGUGAGAGACUUCCCACCAGGACCACCGCCUCCAGGGAUGAGAGACUUCCCUGCAGGAGUUAGAGAAAUGACCCCAGGAAUGCCACCCCCAGGAGCAAGAGACUUCCCACCUGGCCUCCCCCCUCCAGGGGCAAGAGAAUUUAUAAGAGGACCUCCUCAUCCUGGAGCUAGAGAUUUUAUCCCGGGACCUCCUGGUGCUAGAGAAUUUCAUCCCGGUCCCCCAUUUCAAGGCGUUAGGGAAUUCCCGCCCCCUCGACCGCCCUCUGGAGCAAGAGACUUUAUUCAAGGCCCCCAGCACAUCGGAGGUCGGGACUUUGCUGCAGGGCCUCAUCCCGGAUCCUUCCCGGUCGGCCCAUCUCUGCCUGAUCAGCGAGUUCUCCCUCCCGCACACACAGACCAUGAACUCCCACCGGAACCCAAACCCUAACAUGGCUGCUACGGAAAUGGACGCUAGCUAAAAAAAUAAAAAUACACUCAGUAGUUGUCCAAUUGGAUACAGCGUUACUGGUUUACACCCCAACCCCCCCCGAUUUAUUUCACUCGUCUUAUAUUUGCAAUAAAUAUUUUAUGCUCUUUGUUUAUGGGGGAUUUUUAAUUAAUUAUUUUGGAUCUUGCAAUUUCAAGCCGUGCAAUACAGUCACGCCUGCCCCCCCCCCGUCCCCUCUAACGUACCAUUAUUUGUCUUAAAGAAACGAAUGUCAACAUUUCCUGUGGAAAUACACUUUAUAAUGACAUUGCAAUGGCUUCUCCACGCCCGGCUAGCCUACACCACUGGUUUACAUAGAAUAAAGAAUUGUUUUUAAUGUCUGGGAAUACCAGAAGCGCACAUAACCUGUAAAUCAGAGAAUCAUUCUAAUAAUAAAGAAUAGGAAAACUA